AUGGCUGGCUUUAGCAGCAAGAGCACGGUCCUGGUCUCCCUGCUGGGGCUCCUGGUGCUGCUCCUGUGCAGCCCCUCCGAAGCACACAGCAAUCACGACUGCUGCCUGUCUUACACCAAAGUGCGUCUGCCUCGCUGGGCCCUGAAGGGUUACACUGAGCAGCUCUCCAGUGAAGUCUGCGAUAUCCCUGCAAUCAUCUUCCACACCAACAGUGGGCUGAAGGCCUGUGCAAAUCCUAAGGAAGGCUGGGUGAAGAAGUAUCUUCUUUUCCUCAGCCACAAGCUCAAGAGGAUGUCAGUCUGAUAUUGUUCCCAGCAAGGAACCAAACAGGGACAUGGCUGAAGAACCACCAGGUGCAACCUCUUGGUGGAGAUUGUGUUGUACACUGUUGUGUGCUUACCCUCCUCUAACUCAGGCUUCUUUGGAACCGUUGAGCCUCUCCAGUCGAUUCAUAUUGCAUCGCUGGUUUGCUUGAAUUAAGCAUUUUGUUACAGUUUCUAUUUUUACUAAUAAGUGCACUAAUAUAUGACAUGAUAUUAUUUAGUAAAGGCUACAUUAAGCUGUUGUACAGUAUGAAUUUUAUUUGGUUCAUUGCAUGUUGUUUUUGUUUUGUUCCGUGUGUGUAAAGUGGGUUAUUUAUUCUGUUUAUUUUAUUACUGCCUGGUGCCAAAAUGUUUCCUUUUAGCUGUAGUUAGCAUUAUAAUACUUCUUGAGCUAUUGUUAAACAAAG